GGUCAGUCGGGUCCCGGAGCCGGCCGGGCGAGCGCUGAGAGCGCCGGCCAGCAGGUGGAGCGUGCCGAGCCGUGUGCAGAGGUGGGACGUGUUAUUGAAUGGCGGACAGAUUGCGUAGGUAAGAGAUGGGAGUGCUGGCGACUGGGGACGAGUAAUAGUGUGAAGGACGUAACUGGUGGUGAGCUACUGAGCGAACUGGUGAGAGGAGCAGUGACGAGACACUGAGUGAACAAGCACAAAUCUGAGUGAGCCAGCGAUGAAAGCAGUGGCGUGUGACUGAAUACUCCAGUGAAAGACGGCGAAUCAGUGAGGGAGGGACCGAACUAUCUUACCAAAGACGUGGCAGUAAGCCAACAAGAGACUCGUUAUCAAAGUGUGACAGUAAGGGACCAACAGGGGCAUUCGACCGUGGAGCUGUGUGUUGUAGAGUGAACGGCGGAAUCGGUGCAUUGGAAUCAGUAGACACGUGCGGCAGCUAACGGCGGCCGAAUGGAGGCGCCGCCCUCCCCGACGGCGGGGGCGGCCGGCCCGCGGCGCACCCACAGCCUGGCGCCCGACGAUGCCGACUCGCGGCGACCCGCCAAACUGUCCGACCUGAGUGACCUGGUCACCGUCGGCGGCCGGCUGCCCGGCUACCGCUCGCGCCGGCCGUGCCUCUUCGAGCGGUCGGCUGCCACCUGGUGGGACCCGCGCUUCGACUCGGACAUCCUCGAGGGCCAGUACCGCGCCACCACCCUACCCCGCAUCAAGCGGCGCCUCCAGAUGGGUCUGACCUUCUCGCUGCUGGCGGCGCUCGUCUGGUGUGUGUACGUCGGCACGGCCCGAGAGCGGCUCCUGCUGGCACUGCUGUGUCUGCUGGCUGUUCUACCCCUCCUGGCCGCUCUGGCAGUCACAGAGACCGCUCGACUGGAGAGGCACCUCGUGGCUGUCUCGGCGGUCGCGGCCGCAGCGCUGUGCCUGCUGUCUCUACUGCCGGCCGCCGCGCGGCUGCCCGGCCUGCCCGGUGGCGCGGCCGUCACAGAGCUCCAGCUGUUUGCCUGGGCGGCCGUGACGGUCACGCUGGUGUACACGAUGGUGCCGCUGCCGCUGUACGGCGCUGUGGUCACCAGUGUGCUCUACUCGGUGACUCUGGAGGCUCUGACGGCAGCGGCGGAGACGGAGGCCGGUGUAGCGGCGCGGCUGCUCGUCCGGACCGGUCUCCACAUCUGUCUGCACCUGAUCGGUCUCCGCACGCUGGUGCUCGCCCAGGUGCACAUGAGGAGCACCUUCACCACAGUGGGGCAGACGCUGUUGACUCAGCGCCAGCUGGAGCUGGAAAAGCAGCUGAAGGAGAAGAUGAUCUACUCUGUGCUGCCGCGGUCGCUGGCCGACUGGGCGCAGGACGAAAUGACCGACCCGGCGGCGGUGUCGCGGUCGGCCGGGCACGGCGGUGCCGACCUGACCCUGCCCCGGCCGGCCGCCGCUGGGCCAGAGAUCUGCUUCAGGCCCUUCAACAUGCAGCCGAUGGACCAAGUGAGCAUCCUGUUUGCAGACAUCGUCGGCUUCACCCGCAUGUCGAGCAACAAGUCGGCCGAGCAGCUGGUCGGUCUGCUCAACGAUCUCUUCGGUCGGUUCGACGAGCUCUGUACUCGACACGGCUGUGAGAAAAUCAGCACGCUGGGCGAUUGCUACUACUGCGUCUCGGGGUGUCCCGAGCCCCGUGCGGACCACGCCAUCUGCUGCGUCCAAAUGGGACUCGCCAUGAUCGCUGCCAUCAAACAGUUUGACCGCGACAAUGGCGAAGAUGUCAAUAUGCGUGUGGGUGUGCACACCGGUCGCGUUCUCUGUGGCCUGGUGGGCACGCAGCGGUUCAAGUUUGACGUGUGGUCCAAUGAUGUGAGCAUGGCCAACAAGAUGGAGUCUUCCGGCCGGCCGGGGGCGGUGCACAUAUCAGAGAAGACGCUUCACUACCUCAGGGGCCAGUACACGGUCACACCCGGAGAGCCGGUCGCAGACCUGCAGACGUACUUUAUCGUACGGCGUAAGACGCUCGUCUCGCAGCGGUCUGAGCCCACCUCUCCAAACGACGCCGGUCCGGUGCCGAUUGUGCCACUCAGUCAGAAGUGCUGCUCUCUGCCCUGUGUCAUCGAGGCGACCGAUACGCCAGCGCGGGUGGAACCUCUGAACGAGCUCUCUUCCCUGGACCCGCACACCACGCGCGCCCCGCGGCCGAGGCCCGGACGACCGGACCGCGACGCCAAAGGUCGUCGUCAGAGCGCUGCUGCCCGGCUCCACUUCACCACGGUGGCUGGGAGUGGUAACCUGCGACCACUGCCCGAGGAGCGAGCUGCCUCGGACGGCGAGGAAGACGACCUGGUGGAUGAUGGCGUGGACGCCGCCCAGUUCCGACUGCUCGGCGUCUCCAUGUCCUCGUUCAACAGUCGAAAGGACUCGGGAAUUCGCAGUCGACGGAGCAGCAUCCAGGCUCAGAUCGCGGCGCUGAACGGUAUGAAGUCGGGCGACCUGCUGACCCACCGGAUGAGCGGCUACUACACCUCCAGCCAGUCCUCGCUGAUGGACGCCUCCAACCUCGACAUGAUGCAGCGGGUGUUGGACGAGGCUGACGCCCUGGAUCAGCAGGAACCGGAACACCUCCUCGCACAGCAGCUGAUGCAGCGGAAACUGAGCGACCUACAACUGGUCCGCUGCGUCCAGCAGAUGUCCAACAAGUCCAACUACUUCAUCAACCCGCCCAUCAACCGGCUGACGCUCUUCUACAAGAACGCCGACUUUGAGCGUCAGUAUCGGCUUCAGCACGCGCGCCGACACCACGCGGCCGCCAACGCGCUCUCAUUGCCCAAGUACAACACUCUAGUGGAUGCGGUCGUGGCCACGAUAGUGUUUGUCGUGCUGGCUGUGGCGGUAGCUGCCACGCUGCGGCCCGCCGCCGGCUGGUUCGCGGUCACGGCCCUCCUGGCAGCCUGGUUGGCGCUGGUUCAGGGUGUGAUGUGGUGGCGACUGGCGGCUGGCGUGUCUCGCGAUGAGCGGGAGCCGUUCGCCCGCGCCUACUGCUGGCUGACCGGCUGGUACCCGUUCCAUGUGAUCGGUGGCUCCCUGGCCGCGCUGCCAGCGGUGGUUGUGUUCGCCGGAUGGUCGUGUGCCGCCUGGUCGGGAGACUGCGAGCGAGCAGAGUACUACUUCCUGGCCAUGCUGGUCGCUCUGGUCCACUUCUGCAACUUCACGCAGCUCAACUGUUGGCUCAAGAGCGCCCUGGCGGCGGUGGCCGCGCUGGCGAUGGCCCUGCUGGUCGGCUUCUCGGCGUGUCGAUGCGGCGACGACCAGCGUCUCCUGCCGACUGCAGACCUCUCAGCAGCCAUGGCCGCGCUCGUCGCUCUGGUGGCCAUCCUCAACCGGGAGUUCGAGAUCAGCUACCGGCUCGGGUUCUGCGUGAAUAUGAUCGCCGCGCGUGAUAAAGCCGAAGUCCAACGCCUAAAGCAGCAGGCAGACGGUCUACUGCAUAACAUCAUUCCUGAACAUGUGGCAGACGUGCUCAAGACCAAAGCCAAGUAUUCGGAGAACCAUCGGGACGUGGGCGUCCUCUUCGCCAGCAUCAUCAACUUCAACGAUCUCUACGAUGAGACGUACCACGGGGGCAAGGAGUACUUACGCGUGCUCAACGAGAUCAUUGGAGAUAUGGAUGAUCUUCUGCAUAAGUACACCAGCGUCGAGAAGAUCAAGACGAUUGGUAGUACUUACAUGGCCGCGUCAGGGCUGAACCCGAGUCUGCGGCGCGACACGGCGCGGCCCGACCAGCAUCUGUUUGAGCUGAUGGAAUUUGCCAUGGACCUGCAGAAGGCCGUAGCGGCCUUCAACGUGUCGCUCUUCGAGUUCGCGCUGGAGCUGCGCAUUGGCUACAACAUCGGUGACGUCACCUCGGGCGUCAUUGGCACCACCAAGCUGUACUUUGACAUCUGGGGCGACACGGUCAACAUCGCCAGUCGGAUGGACUCGACCGGCGAGCCGGGCCGCAUCCAGACCACGCAGCGGUGCGCGCUGCUGCUCGCGCCGCGCUUCGAUUUUGAGAGGCGCGGUGAGGUGUUUGUCAAAGGAAAGGACCACAUGGUGACCUACUACCUGAAGGGGCCGCGGGUCGGCGGCGGCAGCGCGGUCAGCUAGAGGGCCGGCCGGCCUCGCCGCCCGCCCGCCCGCGACCCUCCGGCGCCUCCGGGCGCUGUCUCUGUGAUGUUUUUACCGUUACGCUUCUCUCCAUAGGCGGCUGAUGCGCCGCGGCGGGUGUGAGCCCGUCCCCGUGCUGAUGGAAUUCGCCGGGUCUAGACCGGUAGCUAGCGGCCCGCGCCGGCGGCCAACACGCUAUUUACAAAAAGGGCCGCCGGACAGAGCUUAUCAACUGCCGAGCAGCGCGCUAGCGUCCGACGCGCGCGCGCCAACUGUGACGGAAAUGUGUGAGAUGUGUUGGCGCCGCCAAUAAAGUUCCGCGUGCGCCGUGA